GACCGUGAAACAGAUAUGAUGAUCCCGCAAACUGAUUUACAAGAGUAUAUUUGGAGGUAAUGUAUCAGCUUCCAAACGCAUCAACUCUCUGUCAACGUCUUCUAUGCUUUCUGCUAGCGUACGAGAGUCCCGCGUUCGCGCGAAAUCCCCCACCAGCUGAUUCUCGGCGCCGAUCCUUCGCAUAAUUAUCCAAAAGCACAGUUUCGUCUCAAAAGUGGUGUAAAACAAAUCAAAAAGUUCCGCCAAGAAUCUGAGAGAUUCUCGCGGUUGAAGAACGCUGCGGACAAGAGAGGAAAAACGGCGGACGACACCUCAACUCAACCGAACAGCUCACACGGCAGACUUUUGUUUGCAGCUCCUUGGAUCGACCGCGUCCGUUCGUUGGCGCGAGUAAAAAGUAGCUGCGAUUGAUCGCGUGCAGCCCUUGAUGGUUGCGGAUGGAAUAAUAAGCGAGCAUGACUGUAACUAUUACAAGAGAUAUUGACAAAAUGGAUCAAGAAGAAUGUAAAGAACAACAAAUGGAGCAUAGUCAGAACUUGGAAAAUGGUGACAAGAUUUUGGAGCCAAAGGAAGAAAAUGAAACUGAACAGAAUGAAAUAGACAGUAAAAAUAAAAUGAGUCAAGGAGAAGAAGAAGAAGAAGAUAAAGACAAAGAGCAAAGAAUGGAGGGCAUUGAUAUUUCUGACAGUACCAAUAGAGUUUUGGAGUCGCAAGAAAUCAAUGAAACCGAGCGACGCAUAAUUAAGGGGGAUACUAUAGGAGAAACUUUAUACAGUGCAAAGUGGAUAUUGAAAACACUUAUUUCUCUUACAAAUGUGUAUGAAAACGGUUGGAAUGAAUCAAUGGAGAAGGAUUUAUGUAUAUUAUGGGAUAUGUCUCAAGAGAAAGAUAUAGUAAAAUAUUUACUGGAAAAUGAUUUCUUUAAGAUGGCUGAAUUCACAUUAAAAAUUUCACAAGAAACAAGACUUACGGAAAUCGUGGUAGGAAUUAUUGGAAAUAUGUGCUGCGAAACAGAAGCUCUUGAGAGUCUAGUAAAUACAAAUGAAUUAGCAACAUUAGUUUUAUCUCUGAUAUCUUCAGAUGAUCCUGAAACAGUAAUUCAAGUAUUAAGGGUUUUUCAAGCAGCAUUAUGGGAUGUUCAAAAAAAUCUAGAUUCUCCUUGGUUGAAAAAAAUAAAAGAAUGCGCUACAGUUGGUGAAGCAAUAACUUUCAUUUUGAAAAAUUCAUUAGUUGACGACCUUAUGAUUCCAACUAUAGAAAUUAUUUACUUGAUCAGUGAAAUGGAAUUGCCAAAUGACAAUUACUUACUCGAUGUUAUUUUUGAUGUUGAUCAACUGAUAUCUGCUCUUUCUGAAUCAAUGAUAAAGAUAAUUGAUCAAGAAAAUAAUCCUCACACAAAUUCUCAAUUGAAAAAUAUUGAAAAUUGGUACAGUAUAAUAUUUAAUACUAUUAAAAAGGAAUUAUUAAAAUUGUCAGAUGAUGAGAACAAUGAAGAUUAUCAAAACAUGAAUACUGUAUUAUUAAAAAUUCUAAAGCCAUACACAAUGUUAUCUAAUUUGAUGCUAUCAGAUGACAGAGGUUUACUUUGUAUUCAACAAUGCAUUCGAAUGGUGUACUUUUUCCAGAAAAAUGAAUUAAUACCUAAUUUAGGAUUAAUUCAAACUAUAAUCAAAAUCAUGUUAAAUCUUAAAUCAGCAGCUUCUACAGAACAUGAAUUUGAAGAUAGUGAUCAUGAGUAUUUCAAAGAACUGCAUACAUACAGUACAAAUUACUGGGUCGAAGUAUUGAAGAUCUUCAAUAAGGACCAAAUUGUUAAAGUGUUACAGAGAUUUGACGACCGUGAUCUCGAUGCGAUAAUUGAACUUACAAAAACCCUCUCAAAAAUUUCUAAAGAGUCCAUGGGUGGAUUUUUUCAAGCUUGCAUUGAAGUGAAAGCGUAUAGAACUUAAAAGCGCUUAAAACUAUUUAGAGCGAAAAUGUAUACAAUUGUAGCAUAAUUAGUUUAUAUUGAUAUUUUACAUCACGCGAAUUAUUAUUUUUACUUCGUUUGUUUAUAAAAAAAGAAAAAAAUUGGCCGAAUUGUAUUUUUUUUAUAAAUUAUGCGGUUGUACAGAGCUAUAUUGACGAAAAUUCUUGUUACAAAAUAAAUUUUUCUAAAACU